AGGUUCCAAAGAUUGUGCCUAUCUUUUACCUGAGAUUUGUGGUGAUAACUAAAGGAUGUGCACCAAACUCCUCAAAGUAUUCGGAUGUGUGAUUAUAUUAUGUGGCAUCCUGAAUCUCUCUGCAAUUGUGAAGUCUCGUCUGCAGUUGAGCAAAAUGCUUGCAGCAAAGAGCUCAACAACCUACGAAAUAAGCUUUGCAAACUUUACUCAGCACUACAAAUAUAUAUUGUUGCCGAGCUCUUCAUCCUUAUCUUCAUGUCUCAAAAACGGCGGACGCAGCCCUCUAAUGAUCGCCACUGUUUUAUCCACUGCAAGUCAUACCGAGGAGCGCCAAGUUAUACGUGAAAGCUGGGCAUCAGGAAGAGAAUCAAAAUCUAUUAAGACCCACGACGUGAUGGUAUUCUUCAUCAUAUCUGCUACAUCCAAAAACGAUCUACACAAUCUGCAGAAAGAGCAAGAAGAGUACGACGAUUUGAUUGUCACAGACUUGCACGAGGCUUAUAAGAAUUUACAUCUCAAAGUCUACGCGUCUAUGGUCUUCCAUCAACAAUACUGUCCAUCGGCGCAUGCCGUCAUGAAAGCUGACGACGAUAUCGUACUCGAUCUUGAUCGCGUGGUUGAUUUAUGGAAAAAAGACAAUGAAUCUAGUCGCUCCAUUUUCUGUCGAGUUUGGAAAAAAGCACAACCAGAUAGAGACAUCAGCAGUAAAUAUUACGUUCCCGAAAAUGUAUGGCCAAACAAACAUUACCCGCCUUAUUGUAGUGGUCCUAUGUAUAUAAUUGGCAGAGAAGCUGGACGGCUCAUCCUUGACUAUGCUCCCUUAUUUACGCCACUGGCGCUGGAUGACAUAUUCUACACUGGUAUUAUUGCCGAAAAGGCAAAGAUUCGAAGAGUUCAUUGGGAAGCUAGCGUGAGUUUGGAUUUCCGGAAUUUUUCGCUGGAGCGCAAUAAAUCAAAGAAGGUGAAACUUUUCGUUCAUUCAUUGCAUUCACCAAAAUAUCUUCGAACAGUUUUUCAACUCAUGAAAGAUAGGAAGAAUAUAAUAAAUAAUACAAUAUGAUGAAUAUAAUACAAUUAUAACAAUGAUAUCAUCAGAAGUUGCAUUGUUUCCUGUUUAUUCACUUUUGUGCUUGUUAUUGAUUGUUUUUAAUUUACUAAUAAAUAUAUUUC